AUGUUAUUAGGAGACAGUAUCACCGUUUUUUUAGCGGGACUCCUAGGUUUCUUAAGUUCUGUUACGGCACGCCACAAUGAUGAAGUCGUCGUGCAAGUAAAUACUAAUGUAUUACUGAACGCGCAGAAUAACAUGGUAGAGAUUGACGGUCAGGCGUACGGCAUAUUGGCAGAUAAAUACGAUUAUAAUGUUGAUCCAGUUGUUGAAAAUAUCACAAUUCCAGCCAGAAACACUGAUAAUAGAGGUGGAGGUCGGCUUACGGUUGCUUUGAUGAACGUAUUGUCUACCUUCGUGAACCGGAGACCUCUUUUGACAGGCAAGAUAUGUAACACUAUGUGCUUUUCAGAAACGACGGAAGACAGCACUGCUUAUGCAAUUUGUAUAUAUAGGUACACUAAGAGCGCGUUGGGAUGUACCACGGUCGAUAUUCCGCAUUUAAGGAACGUGAUUAAGGAUAAGUUGCUAGAAUUUGCGCGCCAAGAACUAACAGGUAAGUGCAUUACCAUCUUUGAUUCGAAUAGUAGCGUGACAUACGCGAAGAUAGUCAUGCUUGGGAAUGGGAUAAGCAUGGGUGAUGUUCACUGUGAGGCGCCUAGCGACUGGAAUGCACCUACUUUUUUUCAAAAGUCUUACAUUAUUUAA